CUCAGGGUCACUUUUCUUCGCCGAGGAGCCUAUCGAAUUUUUUGCAGCAGGUCAACAAUCACCAUGGCCAAUCGACAGCUUGCCCGAGACAUGCAAACCGAGUUCCAGGCCCGGUUUAAUGCCAAACAAGCCCGUCGGGAAGCCCAAAAGGCUGCCAAGCAGGACAAUGAGUUGAAGAAGCAGAUCCAAAAUCUUCUCAAGAAAGGCGAAACAGCCCAAGCCGCCCAAAAAGCCCGCAUGCUCCUGGCCAAGCAGGCUAUCGCAGCGCAAAUGGAUCAGGCUGCCGACAUGGCCGAGCUCUCGCUCGCACAAAUCCAGGCCAACAACGCCAUGAAUCGCAUGACGGCCAUGAUGGCACAAUCCUCGCGCACGAUGCAGCGCGCACAGCGGCAGGCCAACCCGGAGCGGACGCUCCUGACGCUGGAGCAGUUCCGCGCGCAAAACGAGGAGUACGCCGUCAACAACGGCAUUUACCAAGACGCCAUGACGCAGAAUACCUCGGUCACGGUGACCGACGACGCCGUGCAGGAGUUGCUGGGCAAGCUGGCGGACGAUGCCGGGUUGGAGUUGGGCCAGGAGCUGAACCAGGCUAGUACGAGCAAGGUCGACCCUGUGAAGGAGCCGGCGGAGCCGACGGCCGAGGUCGAGGAUGCGCUGCAACAGCGGUUGAGGGCCUUGCGGGCGUGAUGGAGGUGUCAUGGGCUUGAUGAAAUGGGCGCGGGAUAAUGCUGGUAGAAUAAGAACGACUUUCGAUGGGAGGGGCCGGUUAUGUUGGUUUCCAGAAGCGGGGAAUCAGGGAUCAUGUCCAAUGGAGGGCAAAUCUUUUGCUGGGGCGGUCCUCUUUACGCAGGCGAAGGAAUAUACUGUAAGGGCGUUAGGGCGCGAGGUGGCAGGAGGUUUCUUAGGACGCGGCGAUAUUGGCAUCAAGUCUUCAGGCGUCUGACGCCAGGGCCCUUUCUUUCUUUCUUUCUUUGUUUGUUUGUUUUUUUGGGGGGUAAUAGAGGUAUUCGUAGUACUGAGAUACAAGGCAUUUGCUUUUUGUUUUCAUACCUCUCUCAGGGCGGCGAUCUCUCGGUGUUCCAGAGCAUGCCCACCUUAACUCAUACAACAUGGAGAACUCUCUCUGUAUUGAUUUCUCAGGCUAGGUACUGAAAUUGCGCCAAACACUUGUG